CUUUCACACGACACGGGGCCAUUUAAUCAUCAUCAUCAGCUCUUCUCAGCAGCGCCACUCACGCGUCAGUGGCGCUGCUAACGCGCGACUCAAUUUUAGGAGCGCUGCUAAGGCCAUUUUCAGACGAGGUCACUAAGCAGCGCUAAUAAAUUGGAUUAGAGCGUAAGACUGCGUAGUAAAGUACCAAUAAGUGUAAAGAAACACCAAAGAGGACCUUUAAGAAGCAAAACACAGCGAAACAACUCAAAAGAAGAAGAAGAAGAAGGUUUAGGUCCGUGGCGCCUCGCCGAUGUAAACAAACCCGCUGGGCGCCGCUCCCUGUGUUGUGUUCCUCCCCUCUCAGGGCACUGUAGCAGCGCCUGAGCCUCCUCGCUUGUUGGCGUGGGCAGGGGUAUUCACUGGGCAAGAUGGCAGACGUGAGAGAUAUCUUGGAGUUGGAGAGGCCACCAACACCCGAGGUUUCCAAGGAAGUUAUCCUUGGCCUGCGCAAAGAUGCGCCCAAGAAGAGGAGGGAGAAGGAGGUGAUGAGGCGGCCGGAGGGGAUGCACCGGGAGCUGUAUGCACUCCUCUACUCAGACUCCAAUAAGGACCUUCCCCCUCUGUUGCCCUCAGACAGUGGCCAGGGCUACAAGAGUGUCAAGGCCAAGUUGGGGAUGAAGCGUGUGCGGCCUUGGAAAUGGAUGCCAUUCACCAACCCAGCACGCAAAGAUGGGGCUAUUUUCUACCACUGGCGCCGAACUUGUGAUGAGGGGAAGGAAUACCCCUUUGCUAUGUUUAAUAAGAAAAUAGAGUUACUGAGUUAUUCAGAUGCAGAGUACAGUGAGCAUUUACUCUGUGACGGGUGGACAAGGGCUGAGACAGACACGCUGUUUGAGCUGUGUCACCGCUUUGACUUGCGCUGGCCUGUCAUUCAUGACCGCUGGCCCUCGCACCUCACACCACGCUCCAUAGAGGACCUGAAGGAGCGUUACUACAAUGUCACAAACUUACUCAAGAAGGUAAACAAUCUGUCCGGUCCUGAAGGCAAGAUUGUUAACUAUGAUGGUGACCAUGAGCGUCGCCGCAAGCAACAGCUGCUCAAGCUGUGGGACAGAACACCCAAACAGAUAGAGGAAGAGCAGCAGCUAAUAAAUGAACUGCGCAAAAUUGAGGCUCGCAAGAAGGAGAGAGAGAAGAAGACCCAGGACCUUCAGAAGCUGAUCAAUGCUGACACUGAUGCCCGCAAGAUGACCAAAACCACUAAAAAGAAGAUUCAACAGACAAAGGUGGCAAAGCUGGACACAGCACCCCUGAGCCUGGAGAGCUGCACGGGCAUAAAGUUCCCAGACAUUAAGUCAUCAGGAGUCAGCCUUCGAUCACAGCGCAUGAAGCUGCCUGCCAGUGUGGGACAGAAGAAAGUGAAGGCAAUAGAACAGCUUCUAAAUGAGCUGAAUCUGGAGAAUAGUCCCAUGGCUGUUGAGGAAGUGUGUCUGCUGUUCAACGACCUGCGCUCAGACUUGGUGCUCAUGUACGACCUGCGCACCAUCCUCCUCAACUACGUCUUUGAGCUGCAGACCCUCAAGCACCAGUGUGAGAGUGUCAUGCCAGACAAGGUGUUGGAGAUCCCUGAGGCACUUACCAUCAACACUGGGGAGGAGUCACCAAGCCGGCCUCGUGCUAUAUCAGAGAUGAUUGAUGCAGUUGCCACACCCAGCACCCCUAAUAGAAAGCGGAAAGCAGCCUUAGAACAGAGCAAUGUUCUAAAGAAGAUAAAAGCCCGUACUUAGGCUUUUGGCUCAGGGUAAAGCUGUGCUCACAACCAUUAAGCAACUCUAUUCCCAACAAUGUAUUUUGACUUUCCUCCAAAUGUUUGGUGGCAUACAGGAUGGUGUUUAGUCUAAAGAUUAAUAGUGAUAUGUGGUGUUCAAAUAAGAUGGCAAUUUUUGUUCCUCUAAGAGGUCAGUAUUAUAAUUUCUCAUAACAUAAUAAUUUAGAAGCCUUCAGUUUUCUUGCCUUUAUCACAGGAAAAAUUAUCACCACCCCAAAUUUUACAGUAAGCUAAGUGAGCCUAAUACUGCAUGCAUAUCACCUGGAAUAUCGCUCAUUUGUGUGUGUGUGUCUGUGUGUGUGUGUGUGUGUGUAUAUAUAUAUAUAUAUAUAUAUAUAUAUAUAUGAGAAAGAAUCUGAAAUUUAUUAGCCACACAAAUCUCUCAGUACAUGAAAAAUACAUUUAACAUUGCAUAGAAAACAAGCACAUAGACGUGAUACAACAAGAAUUAUACACAAAGCAAAAGCUUGUGAAUCCGAUAAAAGUAAUUUGUGCUAUUAAGCUGCAAGUUUGUGCUACUACAAAAGAAUAAGAAGCACAGAAUGCAAACAAGUUGGUUAGAAAUGCUUGUGAAAUUAGGAGUGAAGGGAGUACAGGAUUGAAGGUCAUUUAAAGAAGUGUUUAAGGGUCAAGAGGAGAGGGUUCAGUACAACAGAGUAGUGGAAGUCAAAGGACUGGAAAUCUUUUGACUCCUGUUUCACAUGAGCAGGUCACUGCAGAAUUGAUCACAAAUCCAUCCAGUGUUUGACCCUUUCUGUUAAAUUCAACUACAUAUUAAUCGUAAGAGAGGUGCUGACUGGUCGGGUGGUAAAUUUUGGCUUGAAAUUUUUUCCAAUAGUGAGCCCUAAAAGUAGAUCCAUAUACUGCUCAUUUCCUGUAAAAGUUUUGUAGUCAUACAAUAUUUUCCUGCUCAAAAGAUUAUUAUAAUUACUUUUGAAUGCACCUCCGCAAAAUUUUCCCUUUUCAAUGUGUUUUUUGUUUAUAUAUAACAUAGUCUUUUUAAUAAAUACCAUGUUGUC